UCGGCACUUGGCUGGAAAGGUUCCCCAGUCUCUUUAGUUCCUUUCGACGUAACGGUUACUUUCUUUUUAGAUUUCCGAUUGCGACUCUUCGAUUCCCUUAUUAGCCGACCGUCUUUUAUUCAGUAAGCCGAUCGCAGGCGAAAGGCUCCUUGGAAUUCAUUCACCAUGGCGGCGGCACCGAUAGAAGAACCGCAGAAACAGCAGAAGCGGGUUCUGCCUAAUCAGCAAUUCUCGACUUCGGCCGUCACCCUCGCGGUAGAGGACGCGGGAGAGGAAGAGGUCGUCGAGCCGCCCAAGCCCAGCAACGAGGUAUCAUGGUGGAAGCGCCAGUUCGACCACGCCUGCAUCACGCCCGCCGUUCUGGAGUGGAGGUAUAAGGGCCAAGGCACGCCUGAGAGCCCCUUCGUGGUCGACUUUCUCCCCGACGACUCGCGCAAUCCUUUCUUGUUCCCGGCCUGGUACAAAUGGUCCAUCACCGCCUUCAAGGCCACGGCCGUCUUGGCCGUCGCCUUCGUUUCAACCGCCUACUCUUCGGCCUUAGGUUCCAUCGUUGACGAAUUUCACAUCACUUCUCCCGAGCUCGCGCUCUCCGGUAUUUCGCUUUUCGUCCUUGGUUUCGCCGUCGGCCCCGUGUUCUGGGCCCCUCUGGGCGAGAUGUAUGGCCGACAGAUUACUUUUUUCUUCUCGUAUGCUGCUCUGACGGCUCUCAACGCCGGUACUACUGCGGCCACAAACAUUGGCACCAUAGCUGUUUUGCGAUUCCUUGCAGGCGCUUUCGGUAGUUCCCCUUUGACCAACUCUGGUGGAGUUAUCGCGGACAUGUUCGACGCCAAGGAUAGAGGUUUUGCUGGUGCGCUCUUCGCCAUGGCGCCUUUCCUGGGACCGGCCAUCGGACCUAUCGCCGGUGGUUUCCUCGGUGAUGCGGCGGGAUGGCGCGCGGUCGAGGGUCUCAUGGCGGCCUUCACGGGUGUGCUUUGGAUUGCCGUGGCUCUAUAUGUCCCGGAAACGUAUGCGCCGGUCCUGCUGCGCAAACGAGCCGCCGGCCUCGCCAAGAUCACGGGCCAUUGCUACAUUUCAAAACUGGAAGUCGGCCGCCCCAAAAAGACAAAGGCCCAGACAUUCACCCAGGCUUUCGUACGACCAUGGGUGCUCCUCUUCCGCGAACCAAUCGUCAGUCUGCUGUCUCUGUACCUGGCCGUCAUCUACGGAACGCUCUAUCUGAUGUUCGCGGCCUUCCCCAUUGUCUUCAACGAGCAACGGAACUGGUCUGAGGGUAUCAGCGGGUUGGCGUUCUUGGGUAUUGCCGUCGGUACGGUCUUUGCCGUGGCCGCUUUUGGUUUCGAUCAAGUGCGGUACCGGAAGAUCUGUGAAGCCAACGGUGGUGCCCCUGUCCCCGAGGCUCGUCUCCCGCUUGCCGUCAUCGGCAGUGUGUUCCUCCCCAUUGGACUUUUCAUCUUUGCUUGGACCAACGGCACCAACUUCCACUGGAUCGUGCCCAUCGUCGCGUCUGGUAUAUUUGGCGCCGGCCUGGUCGCUGUCUUCCUCAGCGCACAGAACUACUUGAUUGAUUCUUACACAAUCUUUGCGGCAUCUGUGAUUGCUGGUAGCUCAAUCCUGCGUUCCCUAUUCGGCGCAGCCUUCCCUCUCUUCACCACUCCUCUUUUCAACGCCCUAGGCAUCCACUGGGGAAGUUCGGUCCCUGCCUUUCUCUCUCUUUUAUUCCUUCCAUGUCCCUACAUCUUCCUGAAGUACGGUGCGAGAAUCCGAGCUAAGUGCAAGUUCGCCGCCGAGGCCACCGCGACUAUGGCCAAGCUGAGAGCUCAAAUGGCUCAGGCCAAGGCUGCUGCCGCUGCGGAAGCUGCCAAGUCCGAGAAGAAAGAGACUGUUUAGAUAAAAAAAGACUUUCUUCAGCAUGACCGUCGAAUUCUUCUCAUUUAUAACCGGAUGGGGGGGCAGGGAACUUCAUUUUUGUCUUGGCAUAGCGAUCUUUUGCGUCACGAUAUG